UAAAUGGAUGAGGAUUACUGUAAAACCUGACUUUCUGCGAGCUGGAAUUGGAAGUUAUUUAAUCGCAAAGUAGAUUUUAAAUUUCUGUCCUCAGCACAGAGCUGUAAAAAACUGGUUUGCCUGUUUCCCCCUGCAUGUCCAUUAAAGAAUGACUCAACAAUAGAUUGUCGUCUCGUGAGACGGAUGUUUCUGUUUUGAUAACAAACAAUUUCACUCUCAUGAGUUCAUUAGAUUAUACUCAGACGAAGGCUUUAGUUUAACAUGUUUAAUCGAACUGUGUGGCUUAAACAAUAAACUACUAUCAUCAGACAAAAAAAGAGAAAGACUAUUGGUUUCUUUGCCAAAGGUGACAUUUAAAUACUUGCUGAUUCAGAUCAUAAUUAAUGUGACACUGUAGUGGUUCUCUUCCCCUGAGUAUAAAAUAAGAUGAUUUGUUGAUCCCAGGGUUAAAUUCUCUUGCGUUCAGCAGCAAAGUGCACAGAUACAAACAUACAAUGUAAAACAAAGACAACGUGCAAAGACAGCAGAUAUAGUGCAAGUGAGUAAACAUUUAUAGAAGUAAACAAAAUUUCUGUAAGUUAACAAGUUUAAGAAGUACACAGUGCAUUAUGAAAAAGUCCUGAAAAUACAAUAUUGUUCAAUAAAUAAAUAUAAAUAGAAAUGUAUGUUAUUUAUAUGAUUAAAAACAGAGAGCAGCUUUUACCACAUUAAAAAUGGGACGUUAAGGCUGGCUGUGGGGGCUGCACAUCGACAGCAGGCAUUGUGGUGUCUAACGGCAGCAGGCAGGAAAGAUCCCCAGUAGCGCUUCUUAGCUCACGGUGGGGGAAUGAGCCGGUGGCUGAAGGUGCCCCAAUAUAGCGCCCCCUGGAGCCUCGGCUGGGUUAUGGACCGGGCCAGUGGGGCCAGUGCCCUGGGGCCUCAGGACAUUAGAAGCUGUGAGUCGCAACAUUUAUAGUUCAAGCCAUGAAAUGCGCCCCCCUGUGGGGUGUAAGAGAAAGAGCCCUGAGAGUGUCGUGAUGGAGAGAGCAGACUCCCCUGUACCCAGCUGUGUUUCCAUGAAGAGUGACGCGUCAAUGGGAGAACCACUCCACUUCAGAGAGGGACCUUUUCAUGCAGAUCAAAGAGACCAAAUGGAAGAUUGCAGUUCAGAUCUACAUGAUAAAUCGGGUUUAUCAUCCAUAUUGAAGUCACUAGAGGAAAAAGCCAUGAAGUUCCUAAAGGAGGAACUGAAGACAUUUGUGAGGUACCUAGAUCAGAAUUACCCAGAAUGCUCUGAGCCUCAGCUGGAGGAGGACAAUGACCUGGACAGUGAUGGUCAGAUGCAGAAGACCAGUGUUAGAGAGGUAGCUCUGAAGAUAACACUGUACAUCCUGAGGACCAUGAAGCAAGAUGAUCUUGCUGACCUGCUGGACAAGAGAAAGCUCAUGCUACAGGAAAUCAAAGCUAAACUUAAGAAGCAAUUUGAGUGUGUAUUUGAAGGGAAAGCUAAGGAAGGACAGCCAACACUUCUCAGUGAGAUUUACACAGAACUCUACAUAACUGAAGGCGGAACUGGAGCAGUCAAUGAUGAACAUGAAGUGAGACAGAUUGAAACAGCAUCCAAGAAAAGGCGAACAGAAGAUACUACAGUCAAGUGCAAUGAUAUAUUUAAACCCUUAUGUGGGCGUGAGACACCUAUCAGAACUGUACUCACUAAAGGGGUGGCAGGUAUCGGGAAAACAGUCUCUGUGCAGAAAUUUAUUCUCGACUGGGCAGAAGGAAAAGCAAACCAGGAUGUUCACUUCAUAUUUGCUCUUCCUUUCCGGGACCUGAAUUUGAUUAAGAGUGAAUACAGUCUGAUUGAACUGCUUCACCACUUUGUCCCAGAACUGAAAUCAUUUCAAUCCACUGACCUGUUUAGCUCCAAAGUCUUGUUCAUCUUUGAUGGUCUGGAUGAGUGUCGCCUUCCUCUGGAUUUUCAGAACAAUGAGAGCUGGUUUGAUGUAACAAAGAAAAUGUCACUGGAUGUGCUGUUGACUAACCUCAUUAAGGGGAAUCUGCUCCCAUCCGCUCUCCUCUGGAUAACCUCCCGGCCAGCAGCAGCCAAUCAGAUACCUGCUAAGUGUGUCCACCAGGUGACAGAGAUACGAGGGUUCAGUGAUGCCCAGAAGGAUGAGUAUUUCAGGAGGAGAUUUAAUGAUGAGAGCCUGGCCAGCAGGAUUAUCACACAUGUGAAAUCAUCAAGGAGCCUCUUCAUCAUGUGCCACAUACCUGUGUUCUGCUGGAUUUCAGCCACUGUGCUUAAGAGGCUUUUUAGUGAGAUUGACAGGGGAGAAAUUCCAAGGACUCUGACUGAAAUGUACACACACUUCCUGAUCUUUCAGACAAGUGUAAAAAAUGACAAGUAUAUGAAAAACCAUGAAACUAAGCUUAAAGAAUACAGCAAGGAAUUCCUUUUGACACUUGGUGAACUUGCUUUUGACAACCUUGAGAAAGGCAAUCUCAUAUUUUAUGAGCAAGAUCUGACAGAGAAUGGCAUUGAUGUCAGUGAAGCUUCAGUUUACUCUGGAGUGUGCACAGAAGUCUUUAAAGAGGAGUAUGGGUUGUACCAGGAGAAGAUGUACUGCUUUGUGCAUCUGAGCAUCCAGGAGUAUCUCGCUGCUUUAUAUGUGUUUCUGUCAAACUCAUCAGCUGACCUGCUGAAGACUGCAGUGGAUCAGGCAUUAGAGAGCAAGAAUGGACACUUGGACCUCUACCUCCGCUUCCUCCUGGGCCUCUCAACAGACUCCAGUAAGACUCUGUUACAAAGGCUACUGGGGCCGACAAGAAUCACCUCACAUAUCAUUAAGGAUACAGCCCAGUACAUCAAGGGUAAAAUAAAGGAGAAUUUAUCUCCAGAAAGGACCAUCAAUCUGUUCCACUGUCUGACUGAAUUGGGUGACAAUUCUCUAGUAGAGGAAGUACAAAGAUACCUGAAUUCAGGAAACAUUUCAGCAGAUGACCUCUCACCUGCACAGUACUCAGCUCUGGCCUUUGUGAUGCUGAUGUCAGAUGAGGAGCUGGAUGUGUUUGAUCUGAAGAAAUACAUCAUAUCAGAUAAAGAGCACUGCAGGCUGCUGCCUGUGGUCAAGAACUCCAGGACGGCUCUGCUGAACAGCUGUGAUCUCAUAGAUAAACACUGUGAAGUGCUGUCUUCAGCUCUAAGAUCAAACUCUUCCCCCCUGAGAGAGCUGGACCUGAGUGACAAUAACCUGAAGGAUUCAGGAGUGAAGCUGCUCUCUGCUGCACUGGAGGAUUUACACUGCAUACUGGAGAUACUGAGGCUGUCAGGCUGUAGAGUCACAGAAGAAGGCUGUUCUUCCCUGGCUUCAGCUCUGAAGUUAAACCCCUCACACCUUAGAGAGCUGGAUCUGAGAUACAAUCAUCCAGGAGACUCAGGAGUGAAGCUGCUCUCUGCUCUACUGGAGGAUCCCAGCUGUAAACUGGAGAAGCUGAAGGUGGGCCGGUGUGAACUCACAGAGGAAUGCUGUGAGGCACUGGCUUCAGCUCUCAGAUCAAACUCCUCACCCCUGAGAGAGCUCGACCUGAGUGACAAUGACCUGCAGGACUCAGGAGUGAAGCUGCUCUCUGCUGGACUGGGGGACUUACACUGUAAACUGGAAAUACUAAGGCUGUCAGGCUGUAGAGUCACAGAAGAAGGCUGUUCUUCCCUGGCUUCAGCUCUGAGAUCAAACCCCUCUCACCUGAGAGAGUUGGACCUGAGCUACAAUCACCCAGGAUUCUCAGGAGUGAAGCUGCUCUCUGCUGUACUGGAGGAUCCCAGCUGUAAACUGGAGAAGAUGAAUGUGGAUCACGGUGGAAAGUGCAGGACCAGACCAGGCUUACAGAAAUACUCCUGCCAGCUGACGCUGGACCCCAACACAGCAAACAGAAGCCUGUCUCUGUCAGGGGGGAACAGGAAGGUGACAGGGGGGGCAGAGCAGCCAUAUCCUGAUCAUCCAGAGAGAUUUGACAGCUGGCCCCAAGUUCUGUGCAGAGAGAGUCUGACUGGCCGCUGUUACUGGGAGGCUGAGUGGGAUGGAGAUGGAGCCCUGAUAGCAGUGACUUAUAAAGGGAUCGAGAGGAAAGGAGGGAGUUAUGACUGUCGGCUUGGAUUCAAUGACAAGUCAUGGUGUCUGUACUGUUAUACUAACAGUUACUCUGUCCGGCACAAUAAUAAACGGACUCUCAUACCCAUACGGCCCUCAGGCUCCCGCAGAGUAGGAGUGUAUCUGGACUGGGGGGCUGGUGCUCUGUCCUUCUACAGAGUCUCCUCUGAUGGACUGACCCCCCUGCACAGAUUCACCUCCUCAUUCACUGAGUCCCUCUUUCCAGGGUUUUGGGUUUAUAACUCCUCAGUGUCACUGUGACGUGUUGCUGGUUCUCCUGCAAAAAGGUAAAAUCUCUGCUUUUUAACCUUUAUAAUCCUUUUUACUCUGAAAUGUACAGAACUGUGCAAAAGUCUUAGGCAGGCAAAGAAAAUGAUGUUUAGAUUAUCCUCCUGUUGGUGUAAAACUAUGAUAUGAUGCCUGUCAAAGUGUGUCAGCUUCGCCAUUUCAGAACCUCUGCUAAAAUCAUCCCAGUAUUUGCAGCGACCGUCCAGUGCAGCCAUGUAUUUUUUGACUUGGCCACUAGCAGACCUCAUACAGCUAGUCAAUCUCUCACUGACUUUUUAAACCAAUAUAUUUCAUCAUUUAAUUGAGCUGUUGGUGAAAUUUAACAAAAUCGUGGAACGGCUGAGGUGCCCCUGAGGAGAAGUUUGGGAACUGAAGCGGUGUUCAUCUAGCAAUCCAACUAGAUAUCAGUAACUUUUUAGAAAACAGAAGAAAUUAUUACUAGUUUUUAUUGUGUUACUUUUAAUUUGCACACGUUCUAAUGUUAAAUUGUAUUUUUUGUUCUAAGCCAAAGUACAUUUGCUACCCAGAUAAACAGCUUUAAACAUUUCUUUGGACUGCCUAAGACUUUUACACAGGACUGUAUGUUUGGCAAAAGAUAAAUGCCUGUGUUCAGUGAGCUGAAUAAACAUGAAAAAUAUUGUUUUUUAUACGUUUUCUCUCUGACUAAAAUGUAAUUAAAUGUAAUCCUGAUUGGGGGGGAGAGUAUCCCCUUCUCCUGUAUAUGUACAUUUUAUAUAUUAUAUAUUUAUGUCCAUUUACUGUAUUCCCUCCCUGUACAGUGACAAUAAAGGCUUUCUGUUCUGUCCUA